UUGGAAAACCGGAAAGUUAAAGAACUCACUAAAGAAGAGCUCAAGAAGGAAAAAGAGAAGCUUGAGUCAAGGAGGGAAAGUAAGCAUGAAGAGAGGAAAAGGGGCAAGAAAGAAAAGGAGGAUGACCGGAAGGAGAAGAAAAUUGCGGAUUCAGUUGUCUCCAGGAAAGAGUCUCCUAGGGUUAAAAAGGACAAAGACAAGGAGAAAGCGGGACUAGGUAAAGGUACUAAAGCCAAGGAAAAUAGGAAAAAAUCAACGAAUAUCAAGGAUUCUUCUGGUAAAGUGGCACCCAAAGACAAAGAUGAUAGAAAAGCAGGGAGAAGUUCUGCCAAACAGGCACACUUAGCAAAGGGGAGCAACGAGAAGAGAAAGAACUGAAGCUGCAGCAGCAUCCCAGGAAGUGGUAACAUUCUUCAUCGUGAUUUGCUGCUGAAGGGCAUAGAAAACUUGGUAUUGCUCUGGUUGGGGAAGAUGUGUCAUUUAGCCAUUGACUAUAUUUAUUGGUGCUCAACCAAGUAAAUUCUUUGAAAUUGAGGUACCCGUCUCAUGCUUCGAAAUUUAAAAGAUGAAGCUUUAAAACAAUAUGUAAUAAAAAUAUGAUGUAAUAACGUCUGUUUUUAUUAACUUAUUGAUCGUGUAUCAGGUAAAUGUAUAUGUGUAAUAUGAAUUGUAAUGAUUUAUUAAUACAGAGUAUUUUCACUGGAGUUCAGCAAGAAUAUGAAAAUUUUAAAUAGUAUUUAUAUGCAACGUGAUUUGUAAGUUUCAGGAAUGAUAAAUACUCAGGUAGGUAGGAGUAACGUUACCACCUUCUCUGUUAGCUGUUGUCUUUCUUCCCUCCUUCGCCUUCCUGCUUUCCUGCUUCCCAUUCUUCUUCAACUACCCUUUUCCUUCUCCACUUCCUUUCUCCAUCCCCUUUUCCUUCCCCCAGCUCUUCCCAGGGCAUCCCCUCGGGCUCUUGUGAGGUUGCCUGUGAGUCUCCGUCCCCAGGCCCAGCCAGCACCAUCCCCCUCCCCCCGCCCCCCCUCAGGGGGCUGCUCCUUCCUCAGGCUCUUCCCCAUUCAACUCCUUUUCAUCUCUCCUCCUGGUCUUUUACCACCUGCUUUACCUCCUUUUUCACCCCCCUGUGCUGCCUCACUCCUCACCCUGCCUCACCCGCUCCAACCAUCCCUCCCCCACCUUCUCCUGUUGCCCAGUACUUAGUGUUCACUGUGUUCUGAGAAUUCUAGAAACAGUCCUGGAUAAAAGAGAAUUUUAUGUAGAAGAACAAUUUUAGAAUGCUUAUUUAUGACAUCUUUACAGACUCAGAAUAGUUAUAGAAAGGCUUUAAUUGUUUCAAAUUAGGAUAUACUUUCAUUUUAUAUCACAAUUUUUCAGUUAUAUUGGUGGAAUGGCAUAUAUUUUUCAUAUUUGAUUGUAUUGUACUUGUUUACCGUUGCUAAGGAGUUGCAAAUUUGAGAUCAAAAUUGAGUUCAGAAAACAUUUAAUAAAAUGAAAUUUCUAUAAGAAAUAUAUUUCUACAAAUGGUCUGUGCUGUUCUACAUGAAGUCUUAAUUCUGUAACCGUGACUGCUGGUGAAAUUCAGUUACUGAAUUUGAGAAGAAUAACCUGAUUUGUUGUAACUGCAUCGUAAGUGCUGCCACAAAAUUUUUUUUUUAUUUUUAAAAUAAUUCUUCACCUUUUUCUUUGAAGAGCCUUUAAAAACAGAGAUUUUGGCCUAAUUAAAGAUAUUUGAAAUGAGAAGUGAGUGAGUGUUAAGUGCAAAUUUUCUAAAAGUAUUUGUGUUUUUUGGUUUUUUAAUAUGCUGGCACCUUUUACUGCUUAAAAUCAAGCACCUGUACAUUUAGUUGACAAAAAUUCCAACAGACAUAAUAAAAUUAUCCAGCAAGGGGGCAGGCCUAGAGAAUAUCUAGUCUAAUAUCUCUAAUCCAAUCCUAUCAUUCUGUUGUUUAAAAACUGAGUCCCCAAGAAAUUGUCACAUGGGUUAACUUGGGGCUUCCUAUGUUGAUCAGUCCGGAUUUUAUUAUUUUUAUAGUUUGAUUAUAGGAGCACAGUAAACCACAGUGAAUUUUAUGGCUCAUUUGGUGGCAAAUACAGGGGCACUGGCUUGAGGUGAGUAGAUCCCAAGUACAGACCUGUAAUCAGCUGUUUCCUCCUAGCUCUCUUCUCAGAUCUUGACCCUGCUGAUUUCUACUUGACUUUAUCCUAUAUGGAGGUGCUACACUUGAUGAGGAAGGUGGCCCUCCGGGGGCCCCAGACACAUUUUUCUAGCUUAGCCAUCCUUGUAUGAAGAUGCAGUUUUCUGGGCUGGCCCUGGGAGAUUCUGGCUGUCCUGGUUAGGCCUGGAAGCAUCUGUGACCAUUCCUGUAGUUGGGGGACAAACUGGCUCCUGUGCACAAAGCUUUGGGUGUGGGUUGAGGGAUUCCCUCUCAAACCACAUGAAAUGCUUCCUGCAGGAAGGAGUUUCUGGGAGAAGAAGAGGGAGACUCUGAGAACUGGAUAGAACGAGAAGCAAAACUAUAUCCACCGACCACAUAAAAUUACAAUCUUUAAAAAAUAUAUACGGAUGUUAGGUCUUGCUAAGAUAAAUAGAUUGAGUUUUUAAAUUUAUGUAUCAAAUUUUAAGUGUUAAUUUCUGUACAGAUGACUUUUUUUUCCUCCAUUUUAGAGAAGGGCAGCAAAUUAUAAUGACCUUUACUGAGGGCAUUCUGAUAAUUUUUACCUUGGUUUUUGAAGGACAGUCAAUGGCUGUGGGGCAUAAAGUACAUAAAUGCUAAAUUCUAAGAAAUUAGUGAAAAAAAUUUAGACUAACCCUAAUCAGCAUAAGCAUAUAAGCAUUAUCUGUUGCUAUUUAAUAAAGCACCUGGAAAUAUUUUAGUUCUAUCAUUGAGUUUCCCUUUGAAUAACAACUCAAGAAUUGAAUUGAAACUUCUGUCCUAAAAUAUUAAAAAUAUUUCAAGAGCUCUUGAGAACUGGGAAUUGGCUUACUUUCUUUUUUUUCUUUCCUUCCAUUUUCUUCAGUAAAUAAAGGUUUCAACUGAAUUUUAUUGAAAAUUGAGGUGACACUUUACUCAGAUGCAGUUUUUUACUGUUCACCUAAAAAACUUAGUGGAAAUAUGCUUUUGGUCAUGAUUAAUGGGUUAAAAUUAUGCUUGCUUUCGCAGUUUUACUUACUUUUUUAUUCAGUAUGUAGUUAUUUCUAUAUUCUGCUGCUUCAUAUUUUUAUGUAAGGAUAAUUAAAACCAGAAAGGUCACCUUUUUGAAAUGUCAACUAAAAACAGGGACAAAAAUUAUAUAACUUGAAGUAGUUGGGAGUCAGAAAAAGUCCUGAAAAGUGAAAAUUAAAUACUGAGUAUAAAUGUAUUUUGUUAUAUCACUAACAUUACUUAAGCUACACUAAGAGAUGAUGCAUACAAUUCUAAAAAAUGACAUUCUUGGCAUAAUUUUCCUUUGUAUGGUAACAUUUCCCAUGUGAGUAGCAGUCAUCGUAAAGACGGUCAGUUUUACAAAAAUAUUUGAGAGCUUAUCAGUUUUUCCAGGAAUCUAUUAUCCUAUAGUGUUCAGAAUACUUUCUUUGGAAGAACUUUAUAAUCAUUGAUAUUUUUCCUUCAGUUGUGAUGUGUAAUUUCUGUGUUUUCAUUGGUUAAUGGCUUUGUGUGUGAAUUUCAGUUAUUUCUAACAUUGCUUGUAAUCAACUAUUUGCAAUCUUAUUUUUUUCAAGAUUUUCAGUUUUACUUUAUGGAUGAUUUGCAUUGUGCAUAGGCGGUCCCACAGCAUUUCAAAAUGAGGGAGAGACUGGUAAAGAAAUUGACAUAAAUCUGUUAGCAUGAAAGUUUGAAUUAAUCCCGGGGAAUUAAUUCUGCCAGAGAUUGGCUCAUAGAGAGUAUUUUGUAGUGUUAUGGCCUGUGUAGCCAUCCAACUUUGUAACUUCAGAGGUUCUCAUAAUGAUUACUUGGGUAGUAGGGACUCCCUGUAUAUACUUCCAUUAGAAAACAAAGAAAGAUAGCAAACAAGUAUGAUUUUAAAUGUUAACGGUUUGGGAAUUCCCUGGCGGUCCGGUGGUUAGGACUCUGUGCUUCAGUGCAGGGGGCACAGGUUCCAUCCGUGGAUGGGGAAGUGAGGUCCCACAUGCUGCACGGCCAAAGGAAACAAAAUUUUUUUAGUGAUUUAAGUUAACUAUAAAUGUCAUUUUCCAUGAAAUGGGUCUGCUGAUUUAGUCUGUGUCUCCAGACUUUUAUUCCUUUCUCCUGUGUCUUCCACUGUUCCUUCUGUUAAUGCCCAUUGGUAACAAUUCUCCAAAUCGGUUACUCAGUUCACCAUAAAAUGCAUCUUGGAAAUGCUGUUUUUCUCUCCUUUCCCUCGAGGUGAUUGUGCGUGAGUGGCUGGUACGUUGUUAGCACUCGUGCUUCCCUUUCUUUUGUCAGAAUAAUGGUAAUAAUUCUACCAAGUUGUUUCAGUCAGUUGUUAAAAGUUUGGAAGCACUGUGGCUAUGAUUCCCAUUCCUUUUAUCAACGGAUUGUGAGACAAAUAGUUAAGUUCUUUAUUCUUUGUAACUAACGUAUCAUUGUAAAAUGGGUGUACUGGGUCCUACUUUGUUUUACUGAGAUCAUUGAACGGGCAAAUAAAAGUAAUUCUAAAUGUGACAUAUGUAUAAAACUGCAAGAAUGCUUAGUUAUUAAAGGAUACUGCUACAACAUGGAAGCACAAGAUGUGAAAUGUAAAGCCUAGAGAAAAGUUAUGAAGAAGUAAAGUGUAGUCUUAAGUAUAUGGUAUAAUUGAGAAAUUUCAUACCCAGUCUAAGUGUGAAAAACUUAUUUAUAAGUUUGCUUUGUACCCACAACACGUUUUUCCGUAGAAGCGAUUUUAUGGUCUUCAGAGGUUUUUCCAUCCAGUCCACAAAAACCUAUUCAAUUCCUAAUUUCCAGUUCUGCAAGUCUCGGUGUAACUACGUUUCUAUGGAAAAAGCAUUCAUCAUUCUUCCUCAGGAUAUUAGGAACAUGUUUAGAUUUACUUCUAAGUAUUUUCCAGAAUUCUUUUGGUUACAUGUGUGAAUCCAUUCCACUUAGCUUACGUGGACCAAAAACAUUGAUUGGCUCACAUGACCGUAAAGCCCAGGGGUAGUUGUGCUUUUUGUCUUUUGGUUAUGCUAGCUCUGGGUGCUCAGACAGUGGUCUGGACCUCUCUCUCCAUCUUUGGGCUCUCUCAGGAGGUGGCCUUCCUUCUCAGGCAGCCUGGAGUCCCCCGUGUUCAUAUUUAUUCCUAAUUCUUACAGAAUGGGGGAUGGGGUAACCAAGCUGUGACUGCAAGACCAAGGGCAUGCGAGUGCCACCCUUAAAACUGGGAUGAUGGAGAACCAGUCCCUCAACGAAAUCAGUGCUCUUUUACCGGGAGAAGGGGGGCUGGGUGCGGGGCAGGCCACACGGUGAAUAUUUAUAUCCUGUAUUUCAUCUGCACCAAAGGCAGGCACUUCUGGAACUGUUUUCCCCUUCUCUCCUCCUCACCCGAUGCCUCCUGCUGCCGCCCAGAUAUGAAGGGUUGAACGGGAUGAGCCUGAAUGGGUAGCUCAGAGUUAGAGCCCUGGGAAUAGAGAGAACUCAUCCCAACCCUUGGACAACAAUAACUUUAGGCAGUUAGAGGAAUGUAAGAGAAUAUGCCAUUUGAUAAAUACUGCCAUUUAGUUAUCAGGUGAGUUAGGUUUAUUUUGUUAAACUCUUUACAUUUUCCCCUGGUUCUGUCUAAAGAGAAAGUGUUCGUUCUUAGGAAACUGAAGGGUGAGUAUUAUAUAGCAGACCCAGAAGGCUUAUUCUCAUGCAAAUCUUGUUCGGGGUACUUGGAAAAAAUCCUCAGUAACAAUCUUUAGUGUCAGGGCCUACCUUCUCCAUUUGCCUGAGGAUAAAACCACAUGAACUAGAUGUUUAUUACUGGUUUGGGAUGUCAUUUUUACGUAGAAAUCAAUUUCUGCAAAAGCUUCCAUUUUCUAAGCCCUACAGAGCAGAAAAUCAUCUAUUUUUCUUUGUUCUCAUUUCAUACCUCAUUUGAUUUCACUUCAUGUAUGUAUUUAUCACUGUUUAUUAGCAUCUCUACAUCGUAGAGGUCUGUCACUUCUUCCUUGCCUCAAAUAUUUCUUCUCUAAGAUUAGAAGAAGGCAUAUACUUAAAGUUUCUGUGUUGUUUUUGAUAAUGAAAUAAAGACCCACAUGCUGUGUCAUCUCUAUUUCCCAUUUAUUGGUUCGUUGAAGAAAUAUUCAGAGUGUCUGCAGUGUAUUGGGGGCUGUUCUAGGCCCUGCAGAUACAGUCUCUACAAUGAAAUGCUCUGAGAUAAACAGGAGAUGGAGAAAAAAUAAACUGGACUAUUGUCUGUCCUGCCCACUUCCCCUCUGCGUACAACACGCUCCCACUGUGGUGGGCUGCCUUCUGCCUCUCUUGCAGUAUCCAGCUAAGUCAUCACAUCUGUCCUCACGUUCUCUGAUCCUCCCAGGUGGUUGGAUUGUGUGCCUUGCAAUUAUCAUGCUCUUCACUUUGCUUCUUUCUGGGACUUUGUUAUUAGACUAUGAUUUAUGUCCAGUACCUAUCAUAGUAACUGACAUUAACAGGCAUUCAAUGGAUAUUUAUUGAAUGGUUAACAUACGAAGUAGAUAAUUAAAAUAUAUUUCAGGUCUGUAUACACUGUUAGUAAUAUUAGAAAGGUGAAAAAUGUUUAAAAAAAUUUUGUUAAGGAAAAACCCGGAAGCUUUUUCAUUAAUUGUUUUAACCACCUUGUAAGUUGCCUUAAGCUUUGUUCAUGUUGUUGUGAGUAUGUGUGCAAGGCAGGCGGGAGGGAGAGGUAGAUUUGUUUCUUUAGAAGAAAUAAAGGAAAACAUUAACUGAUGGGGAAGAUGUGUAUUUUCUGGGUUUAAAUUACCUCAUUUAAUUCUUAAAAGCCUUCUAAUGAGUUACUAUUUUAUCCGCUUUCCAUACUUGUGGAGACCAAAGUUGUAGCAGUGGUAAUGUGUUCAAGAUGGGAUUCAAAUGGAUUCAAAGGCAGCGCUCUUGGCUGCUGUUCCUAAGCUCCUACACAUGGUCUCCUGUUGUGAGAUGUUAAACCGAGUCCACUCCAACCCCAUCUUUGUGGAGUCCCUCCAUUGGUCCUGAAACCAGGCUCUUAGGAAUCUUUCUGGCAGUGUUUAAUUCUUUUGAGAUUUAUGUCAUCCUCUUCCUGAAGCCUGUCUGUCCACCUUGGGUCACGUGAAAAUGAUUUGAAUCUGGAAUGGCUCUUACCGUGUGUCAGGGAAGCUCUUAUAGUUCCUGGCAGUAGGGCUGCUCUUGGGAUACCUGCCAGGAUUGUACCUGCUGAUUAUACAAGCCAAGAACAACAGCAAGGAUUAGCAUGGCCAGUUAGUACGGGUGCCUUUGUGGUUUAUUGAUUUCCCAGAAUGGGAAGAAAAUCCACUUAUUCUUUCCCAUUAUGGUCAGGUGUAGUUGGGUAGUAGUGAAUGAAGUAAGCUGAUACUAGGCUACAGUAAUUGUAUCAGGUAAUUAAAUUUGCUAUGAAUGGUUGAUUUUAAGUGCUCACUUCAUUUACUUUUUAUAACUUACUCCAUUUUUUAAUUACAAUUGGAAGAAAAUUUAUACAUUUAUUAAAUGUAAACAUUUAAAAAAAAUUUUCCUAAUUUGUCUCAUGUGCUCAAAGAGCUGAAAACAAGGUGUGUUUUAAGGGAACUAGUUGGUUUUCCAAAUCAUGCAGGAGCUGUCGUGGUUGACGUGCAACGUUCGUUCAACCCUAGAUAAUUACUGUCAAACAGUUGUGGUCAUCCUGCUGCUCUUGCCAGUUUAGGAAUGGAAGUGGGUUCUGGUUCUGACUGUUAAAACUGAAAGGGAAGAAUGGUGAGAAGUUCCAGGAAGGAUUUCCUCAAGCCUAAGAGAAGCAGAACAAGAGGUGGUCCUUUGCUUCUGGACAUCAUCUUGUCUGAAAGAGGAGCUUGCAGCUGGGAGAGCCCGGAUUGCCACCCUGAAGAUGAAGCCAGGGCUGAGAGCCAGCCCACCUGCUGUUAAGUAAUAAACUUCCUUCUUGCUCAAGCCA